UUGAGUGUAGUUCACUUUUACGACACUGGAGGGGGCAUUGAACACAUCACUAUAUCAGCAAGCUCUGAAAGUUACGGUGAACUUCGAUGUCAUUUGUUUAAUUGACAGUGUGCGUCAAUACAAAGAAACCACACACAUACACAAAUGCAAACGAACAACUCAAUAUACAAUCGAACCUGCAAAUCGGGACUUGGACAAUCUAUUAUUUCUCCUGCACUCACCUAAAUGAAUAAUUGCUGUCCUGACCCGACACCCUGAAGUGAUUGCUAAUCCAUAUUUAACCAGUCAUAGUCGUCACUACAAUUUUUGGUCCUUCGAGCCGGAUACAAGCAACCACUUCAGUCAAUAUGUUCAGGCCACAUGAGAGAAAGCCUAGAGAUAUGGAUUGUCCACAAAGAUCAAGACAACCGCCAUCAUAUCUUCAGGACUACGAAGUCAGUUGCCCUAUGAGGUACCACGUCCCUGGUGAUGAGCUGGCCAGACGAAUGUCUUCUCCAGAAAUUCACAGAUCUUUCCAGAGCAUGAGGGAGGAAAAUUACCAAUUGCGCCAAGAUAUCAAACAUCUUACAGACAUGAUCCACAGUCUUCCCACAGCCUCCUCACAGAAUCAGUCGCGGUCCAGACGCCAAAGGGAAGAAAUAUCGACAACACCAGCACAUACUUGUAAGCCGACGCCAUCUAGUGGUCAUCAAGGCCCACGUCAGCCAGUAAGUGCCCCACCGGUGAGCAGGGAUGAUUCCCCAUCUCCACAAGGCAACCGACCUGACACAGUCGAGGAUCUAAGGCAGUGCUUGCAGGAAGCAGGAUUAGUCACAGAGCACAUUGAGUCACAAGGCACAUCUGGCAGUUCAACUCCUUACUCUCAAUACAAUUUUGGGGUGACCGACAUUAAUGAGUGUCAACCACUGCUUUACUAUGACAACAAAGACUGUCCAUCACACAGUAAAGCCCACCACCAGUCCAAAGAUAUCCAACAAACACAAUAUAAAUCUGUGCCAAGUCAAAUAUUGUCUGAUGUCAAGUACCACCCGAUUUAUGAGGAAGACUACGUGCGCUAUAAUGAUCGCUUCUAUCAACAUGAUGUCCAAUACCAUCACCCUUAUAGCACACAUCUACCCCAUCUAAGUUAUCCAUCCAGCAGUAAUGAAUACAGUCAUCCUGCUAAGCCCUAUAGACCAAGUAGUCCAAGAGCUCAUUACGAAAGCCGCUACUUUGGCCGGGAAAGAGGUUACUCUCCUGAUUAUAGAGGCCCCCAUAAUGACAAUAACCCCCCUGACCAUGUAUAUGACAGUAAAAAAGGGGAACACAGAUAGUCACCUGACCUGCCAUAUCAUUUACCAAACCGUCAGACUCCAUUAAGCAGAACGCACGGUCUAGAUGCCUACCGGGGACCUAAACCCACAAUCCAGGACUUUAGGUCAGAGGACCCUCGUGAGUUUGCAAGACUCAAACUAGCCCUUGACAAUUUACUACCAAACAAUGCCCCAGAGCACUUUAAAUUUCAAAUUCUCACAGACCAUCUCAAAUGUGAAGAAGCAUUACUUCUUGCUGACUCAUACAGUAACAGUCCAUUCCCAUUUACAGACACUAUGAGGGCACUUACAGAGAUGUAUGGUGAACCACAGCAGUUGGCACUAAAGAAGAUUUCUGAACUGAUGGACGGGCCCAAUAUCAGGACUGGUGACAUUAAAGCCUUUAAAUCAUUUGCCCUUCAAGUUCGUGCAUUGGUCGGGAUGCUACAUCAACUAGGAGGCCAAGGUUGGACAGAACUAAGGUGUGGGUCACAUGUUUCUCGCCUCUUAGCUAAGUUGCCACAGGACCUAAGAGUUAACUUCCAUAGAUUUGUGAACCCCAUCAAUACUCCCAUUCCAACACUGCUUGAUUUGGCUGACUGGCUCAAAUAUGAAGUACGAGUUCAAAUUAGUGGCGACCAACACAGUAGCACCUCAUCGAGAGAGAGACAAACUCUGCCCAAGAGUCGACGUCCUGACUACAAGUUACAGAGAUCCACUACUAUCCUCCAUGGUAGUGAGUCUAAGGAGUCAAGAGAGACAUCAGAUAAAUCUCCAGUUAAUUCAGUGAGAGAGGUAAUUCAAGAUAAGCCGAAAAAAUACUGUCCCUUCUGCAAUACUGUACAGCAUUAUCUGAACCAAUGCAACAAUUUUAAACUCUUGUCAGUGGAACAGAAAACACAGUGGAUCAAGGAAAACCAUCGAUGCUGGAGAUGCGGACGUGAACACCAAGCAGCAAAAUGUAACCUCAAGGCCAAGUGCAAGCAGUGCGAAAGGAAGCACCUGGAUGUCCUGCACCAGGUCAAUACCAGCCAAAAUGCCACAGCAACUGGUAAACUCCAAACACCUGAAUCAAGCACUUGUUUAGUGAGUUCUGUGUCAGAGAUUAUGUACAUUGAUCGGCCAGCCAGUAGCCAUCAAGUGUUACUCAAAUUGAGUAGAGUCAUCCUCCAGAGCGGCAACAAGGUACUUGAGACCUACGCAAUAUUGGAUGACGGGCCAGAGCGCACAACACUCCUAAAUGAUGCUGCUGUUUACUUGGCCCUUCAUGGGAAGACUGAAGACCUCGCCCUCCGUACAGUCCGGCAAGAAGUCUGCACCAUCCACGGAGCAAAUGUAUCCUUCUCAGUAUCUCCUGCAUCACAACCAGGCAAGAGUUACAAGAUUAAUAAAGCUUUUACUGCCAGAGAACUGAAUCUAGCCAGCCACACAUAUCCAGUCAAAGUUUUGCAGGAGAAGCAUCGCCACCUGAAAGACAUUCCACUACAGACCAUCAACGAUGCCCAGCCGCUACUGCUGAUUGGGUCGGAUAAUCCCCAUCGGGUCACUCCAGUGGAACCAGUACGUCUUGGCCCUCCAGGCGGACCUGCAGCGGUUCACACCAGACUAGGAUGGACACUACAAGGCCCUACAAGCCUCUUGAACCACCAACUGUCCACACAGCAAUGCCUUUUUACCACAUGCACUCCUCCAGAAUCAGAGUUGCUUAAUCAUGUGGAGAGGCUGUGGCAGUUAGAUAUCUUACCAUACAGGAGUGAGCGUUUGAUCACCAGGUCAAAGCAAGAUGACCAGGCAGUCCGAAUUCUUGAACAGAAGACCACCAGGAUAAUGGUUGAUGGUGUAAAUAAGUAUGCUACUCCAUUACUAUGGAAACAACAUAUUCCAUUGAUUCAUUCAACCAAAGAAGCAGUGCUGCCUCAGUUGCGUGCGACAGAGAGACGACUUGUGAAAGACCAUGAAAAGGCUGUCAUCUACUCUAGAGAAAUCCACAAACUCAUUGACGCAGGCUACGUCACAGCCAUUUCUCCAAUCAAGGCAGAAGAGAGCAACUAUUCGUGGUUCAUCCCCAUCACAUGGUGCAGCACAACGGUAAAAACCGAAUAGUCUUUAACUGCUCCUUCACAUUCAAUGGACGGAACCUGAAUGACCACCUCCUUCCGGGACCCACGCUUGGAGCUAGCCUAUUGGGAGUUCUAUUGAGGUUCCGGGAACAUCCAGUGGCCAUCAGCAGUGAUGUGAAAGGAAUGUUUCACCAAGUUCGCUUGCUUGAAGAGGACAAACCAUUUUUUCGCUUUCUGUGGCGGGAUGUUAAAGUCGACCAAGAACCUACCAUAUAUGAGUGGCAAGUACUCCCUUUUGGCACAACAUGCAGUCCAUGUUGCGCCACCUUUGCACUCCAGACUCAUGUCCAAAGACACACAGUACCUGAUGAGAAUGCUCGCCUAUCAGUAGAGCUCUGUUUCUACGUUGAUAAUUGUCUACAGAGUCUCCAGUCAGAAUAUCAGGCGAAGCAGCUUGUAAAUCGAUUGCACACAUUAUUGAAGCAAGGUGGAUUUGAACUCCGAGAAUGGGCCAGCAACGUUCCUGCAGUCAUCAAACACCUGCCAAAGGAAUCUCGGUCAGAAAACAGUACACUGUGGUUCACACAACAGACAGCUGACCCUCAAGAGCGGACUCCUGGACUCUUGUGGCAGUGCAAAGCAGACACUCCGCUCCAAGCAGCAUCAAAGUGAGUGCUCUGAAUUGACAAUGCGUAACAUUUAUCGUUUUCUUGCCCAACAGUAUGAUCCUUUGGGAUACAUCAUUCCAUACACCACAAGAGCCAAGAUCAUCGUGCAACGCCUUUGGGACAAGAAGAGAGGAUGGGAUGAUCCCAAUCUCCCUGAAGAUUUGCUGCAGGCUUAGAGAUCAUGGGAAGAAGAGCUUCCUCAGUUGUUAAAGGUAACAUUACCCAGGUGCUACACCGACCACAACAUAGACUGUAGUAAUAGCAGCCGGACCAUCCAUGUCUUCUGUGACGCAUCGGAACGUGUGUAUGGAUCCGUGGCGUACCUGUUGACCGACAGUGGUGAUGGACAGGUUCAAAUGGCAUUUUUAGCAGCCAGAUCCAGAGUGGCACCAAAAAAGCAACUUUCCAUACCCAGACUCGAACUGUGUGGAGCCUUAACAGGGGCGCAGUUAGGUUCAGUACUAAUUAAAGAGCUCACGAUCAAGAUCCAAGGGGUGGUAUACUGGACUGAUUCUACCACAGUCCUCAACUGGCUGCAGUCUGACUCCUGCAGAUAUAAAGUGUUUGUAGGUACAAGAGUUGCAGAGAUACAAGAACUCACCGACAUUAGAGCCUGGCACUACAUUGACUCAGCCUCUAACCCAGCAGAUGAUAUCACAAGGGGGAAAACACUGACUCAGCUCAUAGGAGUGAGCCGAUGGAGUCAUGGACCUUCCUUUCUCCUACAGCCAUCUGACAAGUGGCCUAAAGCACCAGCUGAUUCAGGCCCCAAAGAAAAUGAUGAACUGAGGAGGACUGUGUUUUGUGGUUUUACAGCCAGCUCAACUGAUUCAAAUAUAGCUGACAUCCUGCAGUUUAAAACAUUUCAAGAUCUUUUGGAGGCAACCACACGGAAGUUACACGGGGCGGCCGACAACACACAACUCACCGCUGGUGACUACCAUGAAGCAGAAUUGACCCUCCUGAGGCAUGCACAAAUGGAGACCUUUCCUGAAGAAGUAUCACUGCUCAAAUCUGCUAAGCCGCUCUCAUCUAACAGUAGAUUGCUAACCUUAGCUCCUGAAUAUGAUGAGUCAUCAGGCUUGAUCCGUGUUGGAGGUAGGCUUAGAAGAUGUGACAGCCUCAGCCAGGAAGUGCUGCAUCCCAUUCUUCUGUCAUCCUCGCACCCAGUAUCCAAGCUUCUAAUUCAGCAAUAUGACACCAAGCUGCAUCAUCCUGGAGCAGAGCGUGUUUUUGCAGAGCUGCGCAGAAAAUACUGAAUACUGAGGGGCAGAGAAGCUGUUAGGAAGUACCAGCACAACUGUGUGGACUGCAAAAGGUGGAGAAGCAGACCACAAGUACCAAGAAUGGCUGAUAUACCACCUUCUAGUUUGAGGCUUUUCCGACCUGCAUUCUACUCGACCGGUGUCGACUGUUUUGGACCUAUGCAUGUUAAAGUAGGACGACAUACAGAGAAAAGGUGGGGCAUCCUGUACAAGCGUCUCACUACUCGUGCUAUCCACCUCGAUCUUCUACCCAACAUGGAUACCGAUUCUUUCUUGAUGUCACUCAGACGUUUUAUUGCUCGCAGAAGGAAACCCUAUGAACUUCUCUCAGACCAGGGAACCAAUUUCAAAGGAGGAAGUAAGGAACUGCAUGAAGCCUUCUGUGCCUUAGAACCUGCAGUUAAAGACCAACUUGCAGCUGAACAGAUUUUUUUCCGUUUCAAUCCACCUAAUGCUCCACACUUUGGUUGUUCUUGGGAACGAGAAGUGAGAUCUGUAAAGAACGCCCUCCGUACCACUUUGGGAGCUCAGACUGUGCCAGAGGAAGUGUUAAUGACAGUCCUUAUUGAAGUAGAGGGAAUCCUCAACUCAAGGCCAUUAGGUUAUGUCUCCUCCGACCUCGCGGACCCGGAUCCUGUCACGCCCAACUGCUUGUUGAUGGGGCGGCCAGACUCUUCACUCCCUCAAGUGGUCUACCCUGAGUCAGAACUGCUGACCAGAAAAAGAUGGCGUCAUUCGCAAGUUUUAGCUGAUCACUUCUGGAAGCAUUACAUCAAACACUUCCUCCCCACCUUACAAGCCAGACAGAAAUGGUUAACUGAAAAGGAUGACAUUACUGUUGGGACAGUAGUUCUUAUCAUUGAUCAGCAAACGCCGAGAGCUCUUUGGCAAAUAGGGACUGUGAAGAAUGUUAUUCCUGGAGCAGAUGGCCGAGUGAGGACAGCUGUGAUUCAGGUUAAGGACCGAACCUACACUCGCCCAGUUGUUCGUCUCAUCAAGUUGCCAGCUUUACCUUAGGACAAUAUAAGCACCUAGUGGACAAAUUGGUACACCAAUUUGGGGGCGGCUGUACAAAAGACUGUCUCUGAAACGCUUGUUUUCUUUUUGUGUCAUUGAGUUGCUUGAGUGUAGUUCACUUUUACGACACUGGAGGGGGCAUUGAACACAUCACUAUAUCAGCAAGCUCUGAAAGUUACGGUGAACUUCGAUGUCAUUUGUUUAAUUGACAGUGUGCGUCAAUACAAAGUGAGUUACUUUAUAUACACUUUAAUAUAACCUGUUUUGUGCUUAAAACUAUAUUGCAACUCAUUUGGUCAGUUUUAUUGUUGUCUAAUGGCUGUUUGGCAUCAGGUUCACAAGCUAACUGCUAGCUAAAUAUCAUACCCUGAUUGGGGCCUGUUUGUAGCAUUGGACAUGUUUGUUAGCCCCAAUUGACAAUUUAGAAUUAUUGUUGUGAUGCUAUUUACAUUCUAGUAAGUAUUACAUUACUUAGGGCUGGGAUGUUCAAAUUCUUUGGAUUUAUGUAAACUGUGUAUACACAGCUAAGUAAUGUAUAUUUAACAGCCAUGUUGCAUGCUUGUGCCUAUAUGUAAUUGUAUUGUGGUCACUUCAGUUAAUUUACAAUAAUUGUAUUUGUUUGUUUAGGAAACCACACACAUACACAAAUGCAAACGAACAACUCAAUAUACAAUUGAACCUGCAAAUCUGGACUUGGACAAUCUAUUAUUUCUCCUGCGCUCACCUGAAUGAAUAAUUGCUGUCCUGACCCGACACCCUGAAGUGAUUGCUAAUCCAUAUUUAACCAGUCAUAGUCGUCACUACACAUAUGUUCAUAUAUGUACACACGUAUAUUUUUUUAUGUAAGUGGGAAACAUUAUAUAUAUAUAUAUAGAUAUACUUAUAUAUUAAUAUAUAUAUGUGUGUAUAUAUAUGUAUAUGUUUCCCACUUGUUUAUGCAGUAUAUAUGCACACAUGUAUAAAUAUAUAUACACAUAUGUAUGCGCGUAUAUAUGUGUGUGUAUAUAUAUAUGUAUGUAUAUAUAUAU